AUGCUUCUGGAGGAAAGAUUGCAGCUUCUCAAGAAGAGAAUCAUAUGCAGAGAUGAUGAGAUAGAUCUCCUCAACUGCUUUAUCUCAAACGAGGCGUCUAUACUGGCACCCACCACUGUGAUUCAUGGGUAUAAAUCCAUUGGUAAGUCCUUCACGGUAGAGGGAUACCUUAAGGAAUUGGGGGUCAAGCAUUCCAUUGUUAAAUGUGAUGAGUGUAUCACAAAAAAGGUGCUUCUUCAGAGGUGCUUCAAGCGGAUCAAACUCGACAGUGGGGUGGGUUCAGACUACACUAAUGACGUGAAAUUUGGUACAUUGGGAGAGAAUUUCCCCAGUUUUGUGAAUGCCUUGGAAAGCUUUACAAGACAAACAAACUAUUCCGACCAUCAUGUGAUAGUUCUUGAUAGAUUUGAUCAAUGUAUGGAGCCAACCCAGGAAUUGUUUGCUGCCUUUUGUCGUCUACAAGAACAAUCCAACAUCAGAAAUAUUAGCAUAGUGUUCAUCAUAUCAACCGACGACCCCAAAGAUAUUGCUACGAGCUCAAUUCCUCACAUUUACUUCCGCAACUAUACUGAGCCCCAAGUGAAGGAAAUUCUUCGGUCCAAGCAAUUAUGUCAUUUUGACGUGGAUUCCAUCGACAACAAUCCUGCCAGUUUCGAGUUUUGGAAGCAAUACGCCACGAUCAUUGUUGACUUGUAUUUCUCAUACACAGGUUCCGAUAUGAACUUGUUGAUCAAUAUCUGCGAAACAGUGUGGCCAUCAUUCACUCAACCUAUACGACAAGGCAAGUAUAAAUUGGGAGAUUUUAUCAAAGUUUACAGGGAAAAUUCUCACUUGUUGCACAACGAGAACAUCAUUAACAAUUCCUCUAUCAAGAGCUUCAAGACUAUGAAGGAGGAAGAGGAUCUGGAUAACACUAAUGUUCAAGAUUUACCGACACACUCAAAGUACAUUCUAAUUGCAUCAUAUUUAGCGUCGUUUAAUCUCCCCAAAAACGAUUUGCAUAACUUCUCCAAGUUGCGAGCCAUCAAGAAUAAGAAGCGGGCUCUUUCGGAAAAAGCUAAAAACAAAAGAGGUCACUUGGGAAAAGAUGACAUAGACUCGAGAUUACUUUCACCUAACUUCUUUGAUCUUGAAAGAAUGUUGGCCAUUUUGAGCAUUAUCUACAGAACUAACUCGCAAUCGUUGAACGUAACAGACGACAAUCAUCUAUUAAAUCUUCAUGAUGACAUGAUCAAGAAUGAAGAGAUAAAGGAACUUGAAAGAUCCAAAUUCACACUCAGUAGAAACACCGAUCUUGAUAGUCAAAUCACUACAUUAUUCUCUUUGGGACUCUUGAGUAAAUCGGCAAACUCGGAUAUUUUAGGUGCAAGGGUCAGAUGGAGAUGUAACAUUAAUUGGUCCACUGUUGAAACAUUGGCAAAAGAUACCGAUUUCCCGUUGGUGGAAUACUUGGGAGAUGAGUAG